AGAGAUGCUCUUGACUCCACUCAGCUCCAUCCUGGGGACCAGAGCAGGUGCGGUUCUCUCAGUAGCCAGCCUUCCCUUCCCCUUGGUCCCUCCCCCUAGCCACCUCUGGGCCUGGGCCCAGGAGCCACCACGGGCGACACGGAGCCACCAGUGCUGGAGGGGGAGCCUUGGGGUCGGGGCAGCGUUGGGGCAGAGGCCCCAGGACGUCCGCCCGGCCCCAGGCCCCGCUCAGCCCGAGCUCCCCCCCGGGUUCCCCCUCCUGCCUGGCCAGAGCCCUGUGACUGUGCCAGAGAGCCCAGUGGGGUAGAAGUGGCCGGAGGCUGGGGGGGGCGAGCAGCAGGGGCAAGUGCCAUGCACAAACACCACCACUGCUGCAAAUGCCCGGAGUGCUACGAGGCGACACGCCUGGCUGCUCUCAGGCGCCUCGAACCACCUGGCUAUGGGGACUGGCAGGUGCCCGACCCCUAUGGAGGAGGGGGCGGCAAUGGGAGCAGCGGGGGCUACGGCUACAGCUCCCAGACCCUGCCCUCCCAGGCGGGGGCUGCCCCCACCCCUCGAACCAAAGCCAAGCUCAUCCCCACCGGCCGGGAUGUGGGGCCUGUGACCCCUAAACCUGGCCCUGGCAAGAGCACCCCCAAACUCAAUGGCAGCGGCCCUGGCUGGUGGCCCGAGUGCACCUGCACCAACCGCGACUGGUAUGAACAGGCCAGCCCAGCACCCAUCUUGGUGAAUGCAGAGACCCUGGAGCCAAGUCUCUCGGUAAAUGGCAGUGAUGGGAUGUUCAAAUAUGAGGAGAUUGUGCUGGAACGGGGGAACUCGGGCUUGGGCUUCAGCAUCGCAGGGGGAAUUGACAACCCGCAUAUCCCUGAGGACCCUGGCAUCUUCAUUACCAAGAUCAUCCCAGGCGGGGCAGCUGCCAUGGAUGGGAGGCUAGGGGUGAAUGAUUGUGUGCUGCGGGUGAAUGAGGUGGAUGUCUCGGAGGUUGUCCACAGCCGGGCUGUGGAAGCCCUCAAGGAGGCCGGCCCUGUCGUGCGCUUGGUUGUUCGAAGGAGGCAGGCGCCGCCUGAGACUGUGGUGGAGGUCAACCUGCUCAAGGGGCCCAAAGGCUUGGGCUUUAGCAUCGCAGGUGGAAUUGGGAAUCAGCACAUCCCAGGAGACAACAGUAUUUACAUCACGAAGAUCAUUGAGGGAGGUGCUGCCCAGAAGGAUGGCAGGUUGCAGAUUGGGGACAGGCUGCUGGCGGUGAACAACACCAACCUGCAGGAUGUGCGGCAUGAGGAAGCUGUGGCAUCCCUCAAAAACACAUCUGAUAUGGUGUAUCUAAAGGUGGCCAAACCAGGCAGCGUGCACCUCAACGACAUGUAUGCACCACCGGACUAUGCCAGCACCUUCUCUGCCUUGGCUGACAACCACAUAAGCCAUAACUCCAGUCUGGGCUAUCUAGGGGCGGUGGAGAGCAAGGUCGCCUAUCCGGCUCCUCCCCAAGUCCCCCCAUCCCGCUACUCCCCCAUUCCCCGGCACAUGUUGGGAGAGGAGGACUUCACCAGAGAGCCCCGGAAGAUUGUAUUGCACAAGGGCUCCACCGGCCUGGGCUUCAACAUCGUAGGCGGAGAAGAUGGAGAGGGCAUUUUUGUCUCCUUCAUCCUGGCCGGGGGGCCGGCCGACCUGAGUGGGGAGCUGCGCCGAGGAGACCGCAUCCUCUCGGUGAACGGAGUCAACUUGAGGAAUGCCACUCACGAGCAGGCCGCCGCGGCGCUGAAGCGGGCGGGCCAGUCGGUCACCAUCGUGGCCCAGUACAGACCGGAAGAAUACAGUCGCUUUGAAUCCAAGAUCCACGACUUGCGGGAACAAAUGAUGAACAGCAGCAUGAGCUCUGGAUCAGGCUCCCUUCGGACCAGCGAGAAGAGAUCUCUCUAUGUCCGGGCUUUAUUUGAUUAUGACCGGACCCGUGACAGCUGUCUGCCAAGCCAGGGACUCAGCUUCUCUUAUGGCGACAUUCUACAUGUCAUUAAUGCUUCUGAUGAUGAGUGGUGGCAAGCCAGACUGGUAACCCCCCAUGGAGAGAGUGAACAAAUUGGGGUGAUCCCUAGCAAGAAGAGGGUGGAAAAGAAAGAACGAGCACGAUUAAAAACCGUGAAGUUCCACGCCCGGACAGGGAUGAUUGAGGCUAAUAGGUCGAUCAAAACGAAACGUAAAAAGAGUUUUCGCCUCUCUCGAAAGUUUCCAUUUUACAAGAGCAAAGAGAACGUGACCCAGGAGAACAACGGACAGGAACAGGGCGUGACAUCCAACACCAGUGACAGCGAAAGCAGUUCCAAAGGACAGGAGGACACAAUUUUAUCCUAUGAGCCAGUGACACGGCAAGAAAUUCACUAUGCAAGGCCAGUGAUCAUCCUGGGCCCAAUGAAGGACCGAGUCAAUGAUGACCUGAUUUCUGAGUUCCCACAUAAAUUUGGAUCCUGUGUACCACACACCACUCGGCCUCGAAGAGAAAACGAGGUGGAUGGCCAAGACUAUCACUUUGUAGUGUCCCGGGAACAGAUGGAAAAGGAUAUCCAGGAGAACAAAUUCAUCGAAGCAGGACAGUUCAACGACAAUCUCUAUGGCACCAGCAUCCAGUCAGUGCGAGCAGUGGCAGAGAGGGGGAAGCACUGCAUCUUAGAUGUCUCUGGCAAUGCCAUCAAGAGACUGCAGCAAGCGCAGCUUUACCCUGUGGCUGUUUUCAUCAAACCCAAGUCUGUGGAAGCCCUUGUCGAAAUGAACCGAAGACAGACAUAUGAACAGGCCAACAAGAUCUAUGACAAAGCCAUGAAACUUGAGCAGGAGUUUGGCGAAUACUUCACAGCCAUCGUACAGGGUGACUCGCUGGAGGAAAUUUAUAACAAAAUCAAACAAAUUAUCGAGGACCAGUCUGGCCACUACAUUUGGGUCCCCUCCCCGGAAAAACUCUGAAGACCAUCACCUCCCCUCGCCUCCUCCCAACCCCUCCCCAAAUCCAUUUUCUUGUGAGCAGAACCCAGGCCCCCCCUUCUUCUUCCCCCCUUCCUGUCUCUCUCCCAGGAGAACAAAUGACUACUGUUCCUGCCCCCUUUUUAGAUCUGUUGCAAAAUUGAGUUUUCUAGUCCUGUUUCUUUCUGUUGGGAUGAUGUCAUCCCACUCAUCACGUGACUGUGCCCAUUCCUGCAUGGACCUUCCCGGGAGCAGCUCCAGCGCCACUCCGUCAGUCAUUGUUUUUCUUUCCAAACCAAGCAGCAGAGAAGGCGGCUGAUGGAUUGUCGAUAGACUCAGGACAGAAAACGUGGAUUUCUCCUCCUCCAUCUGUGUCACUGUCUCCAGGCUCUGUCUGACUAGUGCGAUGUAAAUGGCAACUGAACGCAUCUUAUUUAUAUGUCUAUGUAAUUUAUAUGAAAUAUAUAGAAGUUAUUAUAUAUAUAUGCAUAUAUAUAUAUAGACACACACACACACACACACACACACACACACACACACAGAGCUGGGACUAGAAAAGCCUAAUUUAGGGACUUUCCUGAUGGUACUGAAAGAGCUUUUUAAACUUUCCAAUGCCGAAUUGGCAGGAAAGUGAUGGGAAAAUGGUACUAAAUGCGGUGGCCGCCACAUCUGGUCAGCCACCCUCCUGAGAGCUGAGCGUUGUUGUCUGUUUUCCACAGGCGGGGUGGGGGUCAGCCCCUGGGCUCCCUCUGAAAGUGCACAGUGUUCGCCACCCUGCCAAACUUGUUUGCAUGGAGGUUUCCUUUUGUCCGUUUGAAGCUGCUCUAAAACCAAAACACAUCCUACUACUUGCUGUGUCCGCCUUUUCCUGAUUUCGGGUGUCACCUUUGCUAACUGAGCAUCUCAUUGUAUGAUGUUGGGAGGGUUUUCUUUCGAAGUAGCUCAGACCUGGCCAGUGAGUGACCUGCAGAGCUCCCGGGGGGGGGGGGGCUGGGGAGGUGGGGCGCGAAGGGUUCAGCACUCCACUAGAUGAGACCUCGCUCUCCAGCUGCCUUUAUUCCAUCUCCUCCCCAGCAGCUGGUUAGCUGACAGUUUUUGAGCUGCAGAGCUACAUCCAUGUAACAGUGAGAAAUGAAGCAUCCUUGCUCUUCCUGAGGGCGUACGCCCACAAUGCCGCAGCAGAAGCCCUUUCCUGAUAGGCCUGACCAGAGCAAAACAAAAAGCACAGACAGGGCUCUAUCCCUCUUCUCCCCCUGAAAGCCACGUGCCUGGCUAGGGUUGGUAACCUUGCCAUGUCUCACUCUUAUCCACUGUGGGGAAGAAUGUGGGAGUGUCUAGGCUCCAGAGCUGGUGCACUGCACCCUACUUUCCUGGCCCAUGGCAGCUGGAGCACCGUAAAUCCCUGCCCCCCCCCACCUCGGUACUUAAGACAGUUAGGAACCACUAGCCAAAUUUGGGAGUCAUUCAACUUACUCUACCAGCAACACAGACUAGCUGUCCAAGGCUGAGGUGCCAGGGAAGGAAGGGGUUAGCAUAGAAAGGCAGCUUCCUUGCUGUGAAUGAACAUGCAUUUCUGGACAUAGCUCACUCCCUCCCAGAGAAAAAAGGCAAAGACUAAAGGUAACCUGGACGCGAGUCAGUUUACCACUGUUCCUUCCAAGGAGACGUAUAUUUUUUAAUAAACAAUAGUUGGCAAUGAA